CUGAUGGAUGGCAAAAGCUACAGUAACUUCGUGGACAAAUUGCCCAUCUGUGCUGAGACUCAGCACAAACAGCUGGCUAGGCCUUUCUGUGCUGAUGCAGUGGUCAUGUUUCACAUGUAUCCAGAAACACCAAACCAGGUCACUUGCUCUGAAGAUUUGUCGUUCCUGCCUUUCAUGUCUGAGCACCUCAUCAGGGAGAACUUCUACAGUGAGCCCUGCGCUUUUCCUUACCAAAUGCCCCAUUCCAGUUACCACAGAAGCGAUGGGUCCUAUGGGCCAGCUUUCAUCAGAAAGAGGAAUGAGAGGGAAAGACAGAGGGUUAAAUGUGUCAAUGAAGGCUACGCUAAACUGAGGCACCACCUGCCCAAGGAGUACUUGGAGAAGCGGCUCAGCAAAGUGGAGACGCUCCGUGCUGCAAUAAAAUACAUUAGCUACCUGCAGUCUCUUCUGUACAGCGACUCUCUGGUGGCAGAGAAAAGCCUUGUGGAGCCAAGCCAGGCACCUAAAGCAACUAAACAAAACCAGUUUUUAAAGACUAUCUAA